UGGCCGUGUCAUUUUAUAGAUCAAGGCCGCUGUCCCCGUCACUGCCUUGAUAGGGUAUGAGUUGCCGUGACCGCAAGCGGGAACGGAGUUGUAAUCGUCGCCUCGACGUACAAGGAGCCCAGACAUCUGGCCGAGGUGCAGACAACCGCCGUCUUCUUCUAUCGUGGUCGACGCCAUGGCGCGCUGGCUUAGUUCUUUACUGCUGUCCGUCGGCCUUUGCUGGUAUGCCUCCAUUGCCGACGCUUUGCCGUCACAACAGCAGGGUUCCGCUCCGGUCGCCAAGGUCAGGAACGGGUCCUACGCUGGCAUCCAUUCGACAGAGUACAACCAGGACUUUUUCCUGGGCAUGCCCUAUGCCCAAACACCACCCCGGUUCGCCGUCUCGCAGCCUCUCAACUCGUCCUGGGAUGGCGUGCGGAAUGCCACCGCAUAUCCGCCGCACUGCAUCGGCUACGGCGGCGACAAUGUCGGCUAUGAAAUGUCGGAGGACUGCCUGUACCUCAACGUCGUCCGGCCAGCCGGUAUUGCCGACACUGAUGGGCUUCCAGUGGUCGUCUGGAUUCACGGUGGUGGUUUGUUCAUGGGCGGCUCGGCAGACAGGCGAUACAACCUCUCCUUCAUCGUGCAGAACAGCGUCGAGCAAGGGACGCCUAUGCUUGGCGUGUCCCUCAACUACCGCCUGAGUGCCUUCGGGUUCCCCCAGGGCAAGGAAGCACUGGCGGCAGGAGUAACCAACCUGGGCUUCAAGGACCAGCGGCUCGCUCUGCGCUGGGUGUACGAGAACAUCGCGGCAUUCGGGGGUGCGCCUGAUAAGGUGACCAUCUGGGGCGAGAGCUCGGGCGCCGAAAGCAUGAGCGCGCAAACACUGGCUUAUGGCGGGCGCGACGAUGGUCUCUUCCGCGGCGUCAUUGCCCAGUCCGGAUAUGGCGGCUUCAUCGGGCGAUAUGCCGGCGGUCUCAACGCCACCGAUGCCAUGCAGGAAACGUACGACACUCUCGUGCGCAACACCACCUGCGCCCGCAAGCUCGGAACUCGGGCGUCGCUCGACUGCCUGCGAACACUCCCAUUGGAGGACCUGCAUCGGGCCUUGAACGGCACAGCUGCCAACCCCUGGCCACCCGUGCUGGACGGCGAUUUCAUCGCCGACUACCCGUCCAAGCAGCUGGCCGAGGGUCGCUUCCCAAAGGUGCGCGUGCUGAUAGGCGCCAACACGGAUGAAGGGUCGGCCUUCAACACCGGAAACGGCAUCAACGGCGGCGGUCCUAUCAACACUGACGAAGAGAUGCAAGCCGCAAUAGCGUCUAUCGUGGGGCCCAAGGUCAAGAAGACCGCUGGCAAGACGGUCGAGGAGAUAGUGGACGAAUUGAUGUCCUUGUAUCCCAACAUCCAGGCCGUCGGUGUCCCGAGUCUGGACAAGUGGCUCAUAAUUCAGGCCGGCGACGCUGUAGCCAAGACCAUGGGCGCGCAGUACCGCCGUGCAGCCGCCCUGUUUGGUGACUUCAAGAUGCAGUAUCAGCGACGGCGGGCGAGCCUUGCGUUUGCAACGCAGGGCAUUCCCUCCUGGAGCUUCCGCUUCGAUGUGGUGCUGCCCGGUCUCCCCGGCUACAUCGGCGCCACUCACUUUCAGGAAGUGGCCUUCGUCUUCGACAAUACACGCGGCGACGGCUACGGGGAGAACCCGUUUGCCAAAAACACUGAGAGGCUGGUCGCGCUGGCCAAGACCAUGUCGACCGCCUGGGUCAACUUCAUCACGAGCCAGGAUCCUAACGGAAACGGCCUUGACCUGCAGGGUGGAGCGGUCUGGCCUGUGUACAAUGCCAGCAUCGGCGGCGGAGUGGGCCAGAACCUCGUGUGGUCGGACAGGGGCAGCUAUGUCGAGAUGGACAGCUGGCGGGCCGAGGGGAUCAACUAUUUUAUAGAGAACAGCUUGGCCGCAUUUGGGUUCUAGACGAGUCUGAAUUGGACAAGUCAGAACUCGAAGGGUCAGACGACUCAAACCCAAGGUUAUCGCACAAAGGUUGUCAAUGGCGACCAUUAACAAAAGCCAUUGCGUAAGGGAACAUAACUUUCGGUCUGGUCAAAGGCAGAAUUGCAAAGCACGAGAUUCGGGGACGAGCGCUUCAUUUUCAUCAUGAUAUCCGUCUAUGAGGACCAAGGACCAAUCACUCACACAAACUGAGGAGACCAAUUCCUGAAAACAUGGAUGGUAGAAACGUUGAGUCCUCGGCAUGUCUCUCUCUGCUCGGACGGCCGACAUACAUGAACGGUCUUCCCAAACCACUCAUAAAGGUGAUUUAGGGAAAAUCACAGCAUUUAUAGUUGCUUCCUCCCGGGCAGUAUCCUAUUUGGAAGAGUCGAUCAGC